AAAAUUAAUAAAUUUUAUCAAUUUUCAAUGAAACAAUGCUUUUCAAACAGUACUGAAAUCAUUACACAUAACUGCUGGAUCAGGCUUGCAUUUCUGUUUUUUAAUAAUUCUCAAUUAAUAACUCAUUUCACAAACAUAAAUUAUUUUUUUGGUGAGUGGUUGUCAUCACAAGCAGAACUAUCCUAUCGCACAGAUUGGGAUUAGCAACGUGCUAUCAGUUCCUCGGUUGGAACGGUGUCCGCUUGAGGCUAGUUCUGCUAACUGACAGCUAUGAACUGCAAAAUUGCUUUUCGGUAGUACGGAACCCACCUAAAACAUUUGAUCAACUCAUCAUCUUCAUCAUCCUUAUAAAAAAAACAAAUUUAUGUUUCAAACAUUUUUUUAGUUAUGUUCUUUUGGAUGACUGGCUGAGAGAAUACAGCUUAUUCAAUAAAGUUUAUCAAUCUUAUUUUUUAUUAUAGCUUUUUUCAAGUAAAAGUUGCCAAUUUUAUUUUCAGUUUCUUUGCAGGGAAUGAAUUGAGUGUGCUUUUGUGAACUUUGUGCAUUUCAUCAACUUUUUGUAAAUUAAAAAAAAAAUGUAAAUCCAAUUCCAAUAUAUUACAGGUUUCUGGGGAAAUUAUAAUAUGCAUACUGAUGAUGGGAACGUGGCAGUGAAAUGCUACGACAACCUGGGUUGCUACUCAAUCAACCCGCCAUGGACCGAUGUGUCGCGUCCCGUCUCCAAAUACCCAGAGCCGCCCGAGAAAGUGAGUCCCAAGUACUGUCUGUACACGAGGCACAACCGGCACGUCUGUCAACAGCUGGUCUACACCAACCCCAGGACCAUCUACAGGUCCUACCUCAUGCCUACACAUAAGGUCUACUUCAUAGCGCACGGCUUCCUAGAGAACGGCGAGAAGGAUUGGAUUAAGGUAGGCUAUAAAAAUUAUAAAAUCAAUUAUUUAAUUUUUCUGAUUUUUCUCUAUAACGUGAGUAAUACUUUAAGUUACGUAAAAGUUUCGGAACAGAUACAACUUUGAAACAUCACAGGCGGUCCAGGCCUGCC